AUGAGAGUGUUUCCUUACACUUUGAAAGACAAGGCGAAAUAUUGGUUGAAUUCUUUGAAGCCUGGUUCACUCACGACUUGGGGAGCCAUUCAAAAGAAGUUCUUAGAAAAAUACUUCUCCACGCAAAAAACCGACAUGCUUAGGGACAAGAUCUUACUAUUUGCACAACAAGAUGAUGAGUCAUUUUGUGAAGCAUGGGAGAGAUUCAAUGGGCUGCUCAAUCAAUGUCCUCAUCAUGGGAUUCCAUUGAAGCUUCAGAUGCGUAUGUUUUAUAAAGGACUAACCCCCUCUAGCCAUAAUAUUGUCACUAAUUUUGCAGGUGGUUCUUAUAAGACUAAGACUCCAGAAGAAACAUAUGAACUCUUUGAGGAGAUAGCAAUGGAGACCCAACACACCGAUACAAGAGGUAAACGUAUUGCUGGUGGUUCUAAUGAUUCUUCCAGUGUGCAGAUUUCCAAAUUGGAACAAAAGCUUGAUGCCCUCCUUGCAUUGAACUCAAGAAACCCUUCAAAGGAAGUGUGUAGCAUCUGUGAAACUCAUGAUCAUCCUACCAUUUCUUGUCCCCUUGGGGCUGCAUAUCCAGAAUUUGUGCAAGAGCAAGCUAAGUUGGUGAAUUCCUACAAUCGAGGUCCAAUAAAUGAUCCAUAUUCUCAAAGUUAUAAUCCAGGUUGGAGGAAUCAUCCAAACUUUUCAUGGAGGAAUACACAAAAUCAAGCGAAUCCCCCUUCACUCCAAAGGCCACAACAAUCAUCAUCGUUGGAGGAUAUAGUGAAGCAAAUGGCAAGGGGGACUAUGUUCACUACCGAACAAGGGGACUAUGUUCUUCGGGAAAUCCACGGCGGCGUAUGUGGCUACCAUUCUGGAUCCCGAUCGCUCUCACAUAAGGCCUUUCGGCAAGGGUAUUAUUGGCCGACUAUGCACCAAGACGCAAACACAUUGGUAAAAAAGUGA